AUGGCCAGGGAGGCGAUCUUCCAGGGGCUAACCACGCCAGGCCCGGCUGGCGGGGUCAGCUACGGCAACAGCAGCAGCAGCGACGGCAGCAGCGGCAGCAGCAGCAGCAGCAGCGGCCGCAGCGGCGAUGGCGGCGGCGGCAGUGAGGAGGACGACGAGGUGCCGCGCGUGGUGGUGGGGCUGGAUGUUGAGUGGCGCCCCUUCGACCGAGGCCAGCCCCACACGCCGGCGGCGCUGCUGCAGGUGGCCCUGCGGGACCGUGUCUUCUUGAUAGACCUGCUGGCUCUCUGCCGCCAACAACCGCCGCGACAUCAGCAGGAGCAGCCCGAGCAGCCCAAGCAGCAGCAGCAGCAGCAGCAGCAGCAGCAGCAGCAGCAGCAGCAGCAGCAGCAGCAGCAGCAGCAGCAGCAGGCGUCGGACGCCGCCGAUGACGCCCGGCGGGCGGCGACCGAGGCAGAGCUGUCAGCGCUCAUCGCGGACAUCUGCGCGGACGAUCGCAUUGUCAAGGUUGGCUUCUUCUUGAAGGGGGACCUGGAGCGCGUUCGCGAGAGCUACCCCUGGCUCCCGCUCUUCGCACCGCCCGCAGACGGCGCCCGGGGCGGCGGCGGCGGCGGCGGCGGCGCUGGGGCCGACGGCGGCGCCCCGCUCGCGAUGCACGUGGACUUGCUGCACCUCGCGCGCGCGCUGCUGCCGCAAAUUGCAGCACCCGCGAGCGCAAGCCUGACGCGGCUCGUCGAGGCGCUGCUGGGCGCGCCGCUCGACAAGGCGCAGCAGCGCAGCGACUGGGGCGCGCGGCCGCUGGCGCGGGCGCAGCGGGAGUACGCGGCCGCGGACGCGCUCGUGCUGACGGCGCUGUUUGACGAGCUGCUGAGGCGGGCGCCGAUCAGGGCGGGGCGGCGGCUGCUGGGGACGAUGGACGGCGGGCUCAGGAGCCUGCCAAUGACGGCUCCCGCGCGGGAUGGGGACCGGCGGCGGGCAGCGGUGGGGCAAGACGAUGGGACUGCGCAUGUGUAA